AUGAGGUUCCACUCGCUCGUUCUCGCCGCCUCGGCUGCCCCCGUCGUCCUUGGCUAUUUGUCAACAACGGGCAAGUCGACUUUCUAUAUGUAUACACUCUUCACUUGCUCGUUCACUGGAUACACCAUCCCAUCUGGCUUGUACGGCACCGCCUUCUCUGGUCAAGUCUGGAACAGUGCCGCCAACUGCGGUGGCUGCGUCAAGGUCACUGGACCCAACGGCAACUCCAUAACGGCCAUGAUUGUCGACCAGUGCCCCGAGUGCGACGAGGGACACCUCGACCUCUUCCAGAACGCGUUUGAGAAGAUCGGCACCCUGUCAGCGGGCAUCAUCUCGACCUCAUACGAGUUUGUGGACUGCGGCAUCUCGUCGCCUAUUGUGCUGAAGAACAAGUCUGGCACGUCGCCUUUCUGGUUCUCAAUGCAGGUCGUCAACGCUACUGAGCGCGUAGCCAAGCUGGAGGUCAGCACCGACGGCGGCAGCACCUGGCAGUCGACGCAGAGGAAGGACUACAACUUCUUCGAGCAGCCCAGCGGAUUCGGAACACCGUCUGUCGACGUGCGGGUCACGAGUGUGUCGGGCAAAGUCGUCGUGGUGAGGAAUGUGCCGGUCGCUUCCGAUGAACAUGCGACGGCCUCGUCCAACUUUUAGGAGAAACAGUUAGUGUGUUAGCUUUGAACUCCCAUAGGGGAGUAUGCCGGAUCUUCAUUUCUUGUCAGGGCACGCCCUUUCGGCCCUCAUGUUUCAAUAUCAGGGGGUUUGUGGAGGUAUUUUGAGAAGUCCGCUUUUGCGCCCAGUUGG